AUAUAAACAGCUCCCCGUACGCAGAUGUCAGGCCUCUUCAUCAAGUCCCCUUACCAGCAACAUGAAGCUUGUUCUGCUCGCCCUCUUGGUCGCCCUGGCCGCCGCCGCCCCUCGCCCUGAUCAGGACGCAGAGACCUUGGUGGACGAGCGCGAGGACAAAGGUGACGGCAGUUUCAAUUACCAAUUUGAAACCAGCAAUGGACUCGCCGAGGAACGUGUCGGCACCAUUGGCGCUGAGGGCCAGAGCAACUUCCAAGGCAGCUACAGAUUCACUCUUCCUGACGGCACCGUCGCCGAGGUCACCUACGUCGCCGACGAGAACGGCUUCAGGCCCGAGUCUCCGCUGAUCCCCACGCCCCACCCCCUCCCCGCUCAUGCCCUCGCACAGAUAGCCUUCGCAGAGGAGCAGCGCGCUAGGGGCAUCACCUUCGAGAAGUAAACUGGAGAUAAAUGGCCUCCUCUAUGACCUUGAUAACGACCUUUACGUAUAUAUUCAACCUCAAACUUCAACAUGUCAGUCUAUCCUUACAUAGUCCAUCGGUAUCACCUGCUUAAAAUAAAAUCUUAUGAAUAUU